AUGAAAGUCGACAAUGACGAGGCUGCAAGUUCUUCAGAUGUGGACAGAAGCACAGUCGAGCCAGAGAAGUCGGAUGGGCCAAUAACUCAUCCCGAGGAGGCACUUCCGAACAAUGGUGCAGAAAUACCCGGUGUGCCCUAUGAAGAGCUUCAACAUGGUAUCCAGGAGGUUGAGGCCGUGGCGCAGACCUGGUCCAAAGCAUCCCUGAUCUGUGUUUUCAUCAAUAUGUGGUUCCUUUACUUCACUUAUGCAUGGAUAUCGUCAGUUGAUGGUAGCUUAAGCACUUACGUCGCUAGCUCUUUUCAACAACACUCCUUAUCCGGCCUUCCUACAGCUAUUGCAGAUGCUUUCUCUGCUUCUGUCUUUCUCCCAGUAGCCAAGAUGAUGGACACUUGGGGACGAGCCGAAGGGUUUUUGGUAAUGUCGAUUUUAGCCACUGUAGGCCUCAUUCUUAUGGCCUCCUGCAAUAGUUUCCCUCUAUAUUGCGCUGCAAAUGUGUUUUACUACAUCGGCUUCGGAGGCAUGCAAUUCGCUGUGGACGUCAUGACCGCCGAUCUCUCACAGUUGAAAAACCGAGCUCUUGCAUACGCUUUCACCUCUUCUCCGUAUAUCAUUACGGCCUUCGCUGGACCAAAGGUGGCGGAUCUAUUCUACGCCAAUACUGGCUGGAGAUGGGCCUAUGGUACUUUCGCGAUCAUCUUCCCUAUAGUGGCUGCUCCAUUGUUCUUCGUCCUGAAGUUCAAUCUGACAAAGGCCAAAAAGGAAAAUGCUGUGGUUAUCAGAGAGAACAGUGGACGAUCAUUCCUUCAAAGCGUUUGGUUUUGGAUUCUCGAAUUUGAUUUAAUUGGAGUCUUCAUCUUUACUGCGGGACUUGUCCUAUUUGAGCUUCCAUAUGACAUCGCUAGCGAGGCUCCCAAUGGCUGGGGCACAGGUUAUAUCAUUGCCAUGAUUGUGGUUGGAUUCUCGAUGCUCUUCUUCUUUGGCUUCUACGAGAGGUAUAUCGCUCCCACGCCUUUGCUCCCCUACUCCUUCCUCACCAACCGAACCGUCGUUGGUGCAUGUCUCUUGGAUGCCACAUACCAGCUUUCAAACUAUUGCUGGAACAACUACUUCUCGAACUUCCUUCAAGUGGUUAAUGACCUCACUAUCGCCGAAGCUGGGUACAUCGUUAAUACAUUCGACAUGGUCUCUGGUAUACUUUUGUUCUUUGUUGGAUGGGCGAUCCGAAAAACCGGUCGCUUCAAGUGGCUCCUUUACAUUUCCGUUCCUCUAUACAUCUUUGCCCAAGGUCUGAUGAUCUACUUCCGUCGUCCCGGUCAGAAUAUUGGUUACCAGGUCAUGUGUCAAAUCUUCAUUUCUAUUGCCGGAUCGAUCUUUAUUAUCGUCCAGCAAUUAGCCAUUCUCGCUGCCGUUGAUCACCAACAUGUCGCUACGGCCCUUGCCUUGCUCAAUGUGGUCGGUACUAUCGGUGAUUCCGCUGGUCUUACCAUCUCUAUGGCAAUCUGGAACAACACAUACAAGAAGGCUCUUAUGAGGUAUCUACCAGACUUGACAAACCUAGAGAUGAUUUAUGAAGAUGUUGAAACACAGUUGAGCUACGCUCCUGGUACUCAGAUGAGAGCGGGUAUCCAGGAAGCGUAUGGUUACACACAAGUUAGGAUGCUUUCUGCUGGGUUGGGUGUUAUGGUUCUAGCAUUCGCCUGGACAAUUAUGAUCAAGAACAUCAACCUAAAGAAGGUUGCUCAGGUUAAGGGUAUGGUGUUCUAA